CAAUAUUUAAGAUAAACAUUCAAGCACAAUUUGUUAAUCUCUUACACUAAUGAAACAUAAGUUAUCUGUGGCUUUAUUAUAAAAAUUAAUUAAAAUGAGUUUACCGCCUCUUCUUUUGAAUCGUUUAAAGAAGCGUGGACUUGUAAAUAAGCCAAGUGAUUCAACGUCGAUAUCCGAAGCAAUCGAAGAAAUUAUUGCAGAGAACUAUGAUGAUGAGGAUACAAAUAGCCCUUACGUACACAGAGAUGACAACAAUUUGGAAAUCAAACGCAAGAAACCAGACGAACAGUUUUGGUUACACCGUAUUAAAGAACGAAUCGGUGUAACGGAGUCACAUCAUGGAUAUAAACUUUGUCCCAACAAAUACAACGUUUGGCAUAAGUGCUCACUUUAUUGCGUUAAUAGAUGGACGAGCACACACUCCCAACCAAGUCAAAAGUAUCUUCGUCGUUUUAAAAGAUUACUGCGCAAAUAUCCGAUAGAGGCAGGUUGGAAAAAGGUCUAUGAUUCUGGUUGUAAAUCAUUUUACUUUUUCAAUCCUACAUCACAAACCGUAUCGUGGUUACCUCCUUCUCACCAUAGAGCUCGUGCCACUCAAAGUGCCGCAAUGUUUAGAAAACAGUUGUCUAACACCCAUGACGAUUUCAGCUUAGAUUCUAAAACAAAAAAUGUUGGUUUAAAUGAAGGUAUGGAUACCGAAAGUGGCAUCAAUUAUUCAGUCCAGGGUUAUAGUAAGAAGCCUAAAAUGCGCGACUUGGAACGUAAACUUCAACGACGGCAACGAAAAGAUAAUUAAACAUUUUCCCUACAAAAUUUUAUAUAAAAUAAAGAAAUUGUCAAAAGAA